CCUGCGCGGAAGGCGCUAGCUGCGAGUCGCCGGGCGGAGAUGUUGGGGCUGGGCGCUGAUGUUAAAAUGCAUAAGUUUAAAUCAUCUCAGAAGGACAAGAUCCGCCAGUUUAUGACAUUUACCCAGGCUGGUGAAAAGACUGCUAUAUACUGUUUAAUGCAGAAUGAGUGGAAACUAGAAGUGGCAACUGACAACUACUUCCAGAAUCCAGACUUGUACUACAAAGAAUCCAUGAAAAAUUCAGUAGACAAAAAGAAGUUAGAACAAUUGUAUAACAGAUAUAAAGAUCCACAAGAUGAAAAUAAAAUUGGCAUUGACGGAAUUCAGCAGUUUUGUGAUGAUUUAGGCCUAGAUCCUGCCCAUAUCAGUGUUCUUGUCAUAGCAUGGAAAUUUAAGGCAGCCACUCAAUGUGAAUUCAGUAAAAAGGAAUUUAUGGAUGGCAUGACAGAGCUUGGGUGUGAUACUACAGAAAAAUUAAAAGCUAUUUUACCAAGAAUAGAACAAGAGCUAAAGGAUGCAAUAAAAUUCAAAGAUUUUUAUCAGUUUACCUUUAACUUUGCUAAGAACCCUGGACAAAAAGGUUUAGUGAGUCUGUUGUCAGCGUUCCCGUUUCCUUUAGGCUGCUCCGUCACAUCCCAAAGAGCUUUUUUUACCCUGCAUGCCACUGCCUUGCAGAUCUCGUGCCUGACACGUCAGGAGCACAGCCAGGCCUCAGCAAGAGGGUCCUUUAAAGGAAACCACUUGAGUCGAUCCACUUAAAACAUGAAAAGCUGGAAGUAUCGUUGACUCCUGUGGGAGGACAAUUGGGGAAGUAUGGAUGUCUUUUUCCCUAACCAGGGAAAGCGGGUGAGCAAAGCUGAGAGUCAUGUGAAUUAUGUUAAAGUACAGCAGCUAGAGCUCUAAAAGCAAGGGGUCUUGCAGAUUUCAUAUUUAUUAAAAUUUUAACAGCACGAUAUUCUUCUUCAUUAGAAUUCUUGAAAGCCAGCUGAGGUCACAUAAACAAAUUCAUGGGACCCCUAAGGGAAGAAGAUUAUGGCUUAUUUUCUUUAUGAAGAAGAUUAUAAAUUUUUUACUUGGCUUGACUUCAAAGGAUGACUUGAUUAUUUUAACAUGAAUCUUCAGAAACAAAGGGGAGUAACAGCUCACCGUCAGUACUGGAAAGACUGCUGUUCUUUGAAAAUAAGAAGAAAAAACUGGAGUCAGACUGGGUUUCCCUCCCCUCUUUUGUGUCUGCCUCAGCUAAGUUAAAAUUUAGGUGAAGAAAAGAUUUGAAUGCUAGCCUUCCUGACCAUGGAUAUAUCUGCAGGUGUCUCCCUAGCCUAACAGCCAGAUAAUAUAUAUAAGGAACAUCAGCAUAUCACCCGGAGAGGGAUAAAAAGACUACAAUAAGUGCAUAUUUUAGAAAAUGUUAGAGGAGGCAAUAAAGGUGGCUGUAAAGAAGAGGACUGCAAAAACUGACAACUGGACCCUUGUUGGAUUGAGUUCUUGUAAUGUCUGUAUAUGCGGAAUAAUUUGGCUUAUAGGAAUUUUUCAUUCCUAUGGAGAUGCUUUGAAACAUUGAAUAAUAUAUUUGUUUUAAAAUAUUUCUUGUAAUAACAUAUUUGUAUGGAAGAACAGAAGCAUUACAUUAACCUCCCCCAGUAUCCUGGUAGCCGGUUGCUGGUAUCUCUGUCCCUGCUUUAGAACUGUCAUCCCGUUCUUCCUUCAGGAAUCUUAAUACUGCCCUCCCCUUCCCCUAUCUUCCUCUCUCUCCCUUUAAUGUUCUUUUUUGACACUAUGAUACCCACUUUUUUAUGUGUACUUGGCCCAGAGGUCAUUUAUUAUACUUAACCCAGAUGUAGAAUAUAAUGUCCUAUUUUCCUAUCAAAUUGUUAAGUACUCUAUUGGUCCACCCCAAAUUUUAAGCUGCACCCCUAAAAUGAGAUCUCUUGGAAAGAGAAAAGCGUAUAUUUCAGCAUACGCUAGAAAAUGAAGACAUUUCAUCCUGAUAUGAUAAUAUGCAUUUGUAUUUUUAAGCAACUCUCUGUAGAUUAGUUGCCUCUAUGAAAAAUAGGGGCCUGUGAUUAUAUUUGUACAGUAGAAAGAGUGUUGAAUUGGGAAUCAGAGAACCUGGAUUCAAAUUCCCAAUUCCAGCACUUACUAUCUCUACAACUUUGGGCAUGUCACUUAACCUCCCUGUGUCUCAGUUUCCUCAUCUUUAAAAUGAGGUAGUUAUAUUAACUCUUUUUUUAAUGUUCCUUCCAGUUCCAAAUCUAUACUUAUGAACAACUCUUAGUGCCAUAGAUAAGUGAUGUCACACUCAAAUGGAAGUGAAUUCCUAAGGGGAAUAUAUUGACUUAGAAAACCACAAAUUAACAUUGUAUUAUAUUGUAUUUUCCUUUAUUCUUGACACUUCACUCUGGUUCAGGUUACUCCAGAGUUUUGCUGGCAUCUGACACCUCUUCUAUAGAUGAUGCUUCCCUGAAGCUCCACGGUUGCUCACCUUAGGUGGGGAGGGGCUAUAUUCUCCAGUUUGGGUUGUUUAUUUUUCUGUAGCAGGGUAAGCAACUAAGUCUUUAUUUAUUCCUUCAUGAGGUUAUAAAAUUUAUUCUGUUAAAGCUGUCCUUCCUGAUAAUUAAAAGAAAAGGCAGGUGGAGUGUUUUAUUUUCAUUUUCCUCUUCCCCCCCCUCCCCAAAAUCAUACCUUUUAUAACACCAACCACCAGUUUGAGGGUUGGCCUUAGUUUUUUUUAAACUCGUAAUAUUCCUUGCUUUCUUUUCUUCUUGAUUGACCCUUUUCUGCCAAAAAAUCUUAUUUCUAAGUCUGUGGAUGGUAGAUUUGCUUGGCAAGGCUGUUCUGGUAACUUAAUCUAUUGAAAUCUGCUUUCUAAACUUUUAUUUCUAGGUCUUAGGAGCAAGUGUUCCUGUCAGAUACUUUUCUACUAUCUUGCUUCCCUUUCUCUACUCCGUAUUCUUCCCCUCAUCUUACCAUGUCUUGUGACUUUCCUGGUUUAUUGUACCUCACUUGACAGUUGCUUGUCUUACCAAGACUUACUGGCCAUGGCCUUGGGGAAGCAAUGUUUCUAUUCACUUGCAUCCUUCAAUAAAAGAGCUUUUUCCUUAUGCAGCCUCCAAAGUUAGCUGCUUCUGGACUUCAGACCUUACUUCUCCCUGUAUAUUUUUAUGCUCCAACCUGGAAAUUCUAUUUCUUCUUUUUCCCAUCUGUCCCUCUUGCCCUCCCUUCUUGUCUUACAUUCAUCCUUUCUAUCCUAUCAAAGAUUGUAGCAGAUGAUUGCACUUGGGCAGUGGGGGGUUUAUAUGUGAAAUUGCUUCUUCCAUUUCAUGAUUUCAACUUACAUUGGACCCUAUGAGCCUUAACAAUAAAGAUUGGUUUCUGUUA